UAAUCAUCCAUUAGAGCCAUUCCAGCGUGGGUUUACGUCCCCCCAUGGUUCUCUCAAAAGCUGCUCCUCAAUUGUAUGGUUUUUCAUGGAGGAGAACAAACUAGCUCCUUUCUUCAAACCCAGGGCAUUGAUUUGGGAUGCAGUAGAGGCCAGAACCAGAAGUGGGUGUUAGGAAUUGAAUUCCCAGGGUCUUGUCUUUGUUGAAGUUCAAGGUUGCUGUAAAAUAUCUUUGAUUUUUUUUUCUUUGACCUGCUUUGAACAAAUGAUGACUAUUGUUCAUCAAAAGUGCAACUUUUGAUCUGGGCUUUUUCUGGUAACAAGAGAAAGUUUUCUUGAAUCAUCAAGUACAAUUAGCUUGCACAGUCAUCAUAUACAUAAAUAUAGAGAGGGAGAGAUUAUCUAUAGCUGAUUCCGAUGGAGGCAGAGACACCAAAAUCUGAGCAGUCGCAGCCGGAGAUGCUACCGGCAGGGCAACCAAGCUUGCCGAGGAAGAAAAUGACAAAGCAGUUAACCGGAAAGCGCGAUGAUACGCCUUUGCAUUCUGCUGCAAGGGCUGGAAAUAUGGCUGUGGUGAAAGAUAUCCUUGAGAAUUCAGGAGAGGAAGAGUUGAAGGAAUUAUUGGCCAAGCAAAAUUCUUCUGCUGAGACACCCUUGUAUGUUGCUUCAGAAUAUGGUUAUGUCGAUUUGGUUAGGGAGAUGAUCCAAUACUAUGAUCUAGCUGAUGCUGGAAUUAAAGCGCGUAACGGGUUUGAUGCAUUCCACAUUGCUGCCAAACAAGGCGAUUUGGAUGUGUUGACAAUCCUUAUGGAUGCUCAUCCAGAAUUGACUAUGACUGUGGAUCUCUCAAACACCACGGCUUUGCACACAGCUGCAAACCAAGGGCAUGUUGAUGUAGUGAAGUUUCUAUUGGAGGCGGGGAGCAGCCUGGCAACCAUUGCUCGAAGCAAUGGCAAAACCGCGCUGCAUUCUGCAGCAAGAAAUGGUCAUUUGGAGGUUAUGAAAGCGCUUCUCCAAAAGGAGCCUGGUAUUGCAACUCGUACCGAUAAGAAGGGGCAGACUGCACUUCAUAUGGCAGUAAAGGGGCAGAAUCUUGAGGUGGUGGAGUUGUUGAUUAAUGCGGAUCCUGCAUUGAUAAACAUGUGUGACAAUAAAGAAAACACAGCAUUGCACAUAGCUACUCGAAAGGGUAGAACUGAGAUUGUCAAGAUGCUACUCAAACACAGUGAAACAGAGGUCAAAACAAUUAACAAAUCCACAGAAACUGCCCUCGACACUGCAGAGAAAACCGGAAACUCUGAGAUCAAAGCCCUUCUGCAGGCACAUGGUAUUCCUAGUGCUAAAGAUCUCAAGCCACAACCGAAAAAUCCAGCUCGAGAGCUGAAACAAACAGUUAGUGACAUAAAACAUGAAGUGCACCACCAGCUAGAACACACUCGUCAAACAAGAAGACGCGUCCAAGGCAUUGCCAAACGCCUUCACAAAAUGCACACAGAAGGCCUCAACAAUGCCAUAAACUCCAACACUGUAGUUGCUGUCCUCAUUGCCACCGUCACCUUUGCAGCCAUUUUCCAAAUCCCUGGUCAGUGGGUCGAUGACCCCGACCACAUUCCUGAGGGGCAGUCACUUGGUGAAGCCAACAUUGCUCCCAACUCCGCCUUUAAAGUCUUCUUCAUCUUUGAUUCAAUUGCCCUUUUCAUCUCUCUGGCUGUUGUGGUGGUGCAAACUUCAGUUGUGGUAGUCGAGAGCAAAGCAAAGAAGCAAAUGAUGGCAAUCAUCAACAAGCUAAUGUGGUUGGCUUGUCUGCUUCUAUCCGUGGCAUUCUUAGCACUCUCUUUUGUUGUGGUAGGAGAGCAUCAUAAGUGGCUUGCAAUUGGGGUAACCAUUAUCGGAACAGUAAUAAUGGCUGCAACUUUGGGGACAAUGUCUUUCUGGAUAGUUAGGAAUCGGAUCGAGGCCAAAAACAUGAGAACCAUCCGAAGAAAUUCGAUGGGAAGCCAGCAGUCACGAUCAUGGUCUUUGUCUGCAGUUAUGUCUGAAUCUGAGCUCCUGAACAACGAGUACAAGAAGAUGUAUGCAAUUUGAAACUUCUACACAUAUACUGCGCCUUCCAGAUUAUUUUUGAAUCAUUGGGGCGUCACAACUAGUCUAUACCAUCCCAUAAAUUAACUUCUGAAAUGUAUAUUGUCCAAAGGAGUUGAUCAUAGC